AUGGCAACAGUCCACGCCCUCACAGCAGGCCAUCUCACUCUCCCUGAAAAGUUCUUCAUCUCACCCCUCGACGAUCCCACCACCAGAAGCACCGUCCCAUCUCUGUCCUUCCUCAUCCAGCACACAACACCCACACGGACAACAAGAAUAAUAUUCGAUCUGGGAAUCCGAAAAAAUAUCAACCACUACCCAGAACCAAUCUACAAACACUCAACCACCAGACAGCCGCUCUCAGGCGAUCCAGACCCGGUUGCAUGUCUGGCAAAGGGAAAGCUGACACCGGAUGAUAUUGAUCUUGUCAUCUUCAGUCAUUUGCAUUGGGAUCAUGUUGGGACGCCGUCUGAUUAUCCGCGGUCUACGUAUGUUAUUGGGCCUGGUGCGAAGGCUCUGAUUAGUGAUGAGAGAAUGUUGAGGAAUGGAAGUCAUUGUCAUUUUGAGAGAGGUCUUUUGCCGGAUACUCGCACGAUUGAACUUCCUCUUGAUACCCUCUUCCCCAAUACGAUGGACAUCUUCCGCGACGGCAGUGUAUACAUCGUCUCCGCACCGGGCCAUCUAGACGGCCACAUCAACCUCCUCGUCCGUCUGGAAUCAGGGAAAUACGUCUAUCUCGCCGGCGACGCAUGUCACGAUCGACGAUUACUAUCUGGUGAAAAGGAUAUCGCUACGUGGACAGAUCCUGCGUAUGAGAGUAUCUGCUGUAUUCACGUUGAUCGACUGGCUGCGGAGAAGACGCUGGCUGUGAUUCGCGAGACCAUGUCGAAUACGACGGAACUUGGGGAUGUGGAGGUUAUUUUUGCGCAUGAUGCAGACUGGGAAAGGGGGGCUUGGAGGAGGGAGAGGUUUUUUCCUGGCGAGCUGUGAUUUUGAUGUUUUGUAUUGUUGGGGAUAUCCCCAAUCUCCAACCCCCAAUGCGGGGAUAUCAUCUGUCUUAG